AAACUCUGAAUCAGUAUAAGUGCGAAUCUUAAAACGGUCAACAUGUCUCAGAAGUUAAUUAUCUGUGCUGUGCUAAUUAUAUCGCAAUUUCUGCCAAAUAACGGCUACGCACUCGACGAUUUCUUCAAAGAACAGACAGAUGUAAUGAACACAUUCUUCAAAAACCAAUUUCAACGAGUGGAACAGGCUGUCAACACACAAUACGACGAGGCUGUUAAAGUGCAAACGAAAGUGAAAGACUACAUAGAAGAACAGAAGAAGAAAAUCUCGGACGAUGUCAACAAUUACGUCGAUAAAGUCAAAGAUAACGGAAGAUACUUCGUCGAUACGUGGUCCUUCAUGCCAACUGAAGACCCUGAGUCGAGACUGGUAAACCCAGAUCUAGUUUUGUCUGUUCCAUCAAUUAUUUCACGAAACGGUUACAAUUGUGAGACGCACACGAUUUUGUCCAAAGGUUACCUUCUAAACGUACACAGGAUACCAAGACCGAAACAUGGAGGACAGAUACCGAAGAAAACGGUUCUGCUGCAGCACGGACUAUUCGCGAGUUCUGCUGAUUGGAUCAUGAAUGGACCAGAGAAGUCUCUCGGGUAUAUUCUGGCAGAUGCCGGAUACGAUGUCUGGAUGACGAAUAUUAGAGGGAACAAAUACUCCAAAGAACAUGCCUGGUACAAAGAAAAUACCAAGGAGUAUUGGAACUUUUCAUGGAACGAAGUGGCGUUGUACGACAUACCGGCUGUCAUAGAUUACAUUAGGAACAUAAAGGGGGAAGACACGAAGAUAGCUUAUGUCGGGCAUUCGAUGGGGACCACGAUUCUGUUCACGAUGCUGUCGCUGCGACCAGAAUAUAACGAUAAAUUAAGCGUAGGCGUAGCGUUGGCUCCUGAAGUUUUUAUAUCAAAUAUGAAAUCCCCCAUUAAAUCUCUAGCCAGCAUCGCGAGCCAUCUUGCGCACACCGAGAUGAUAUACGGCGCUCACGAGUUUUUACCGAAAAAGUCAUUUUUGGGGCGAAUGAAUAAGAUGUGCGAAGCUGAGAAUAUGGAUGUUUCUGUGUGUAAUAAUGUUGUAUUCUACAUUUGUGGAGCAGACGAGGAGCAGUACAACAAAACUUUGCUGCCUUUCUUUCUGUCAAACUUGGGCACGGGUACGUCUUGGAAGACUGCUCUUCAUAUGUCUCAGAUGGUGUUAGCGGAGAAGUUCCAGCAGUUCGAUUAUGGUUAUGCGGAGCGGAACCAAAGGAUCUAUGGGUCAGACAAUCCCCCUGAGUAUGAUUUGAGCAAAGUCACGUUGAAUGUUACGUUGUUUUGGGCGAAAAACGAUUUGUUGUCAGAUGAGAGGGACGUGAUGAAGCUCCACGAAAGGUUGCCGCAUUCGACGCUGUACUUAGUGCCCUUCGAGAAGUUUAACCACAUGGAUUACUUGUGGGCGAAGGACGCUCCCAGAUUAGUUAAUGACAAAGUUAUGGAAGUACUCAAUAAGGCCAUGGACACCGAAAACAGAAACGUCUUUUUUUCGUUUAUAUUUUAAAAUGUUUUGAGUUUUACUUGAAUUAAACUAAAAUGCUAAGAAAAAUAUAAGGGCCUAUUGAGCUAGCUAAUAUAAAACUUGUAUAAUUAGGACUAGGUAAUUUUAAAGUAUAUUUUAUCUUACUUGAUAUCAGUAUUCCGUCCAAAAUGUAUAUUAUUUUAAGAAAUAUGUGUAGCCUAUU